GCCGCGCCGGCCCGGCGAUCUGCUAGGUGAGUUGGCUUGGGCUCCGGCGCCUACAGGUGGGGAGCUUGGGGCCCGGAGCGAGUGACGCAGAUCGGCCGGCAGUGGACUGGGUGGAGCGGCCUCCGCUGGCGGCUACUCAGCGCUCCGGGAAGCACGCAACGUUGUUUGGUUGGAUCUGAUUGUUUAAGGGGCGCUGCUCCCCCUCCUCCAAGCUCCUAAGCCAGGGCUCUAGAGACGUGGAGUUCUGGCUUUGUCACUUACUUCCCUGGCUGUGUGAACCGGUGCACGAACGCAAGCCUCCUGAGGGUCGGCGAAGGCUCUUUUUUGGUCCUCUUACGCCGGUUUAGUACCGAGCCUAACCCGUGACAGUUGCGGGGUUAAAUCGUGUUACAUUGAAUGAGACGAGUUGGGUCAUCUCCCUGGGCCUCAGUUUCUUAAUCUCGAAGAAAUUCUCGGAUUCCUCAUCCAGGCUAAGUCCUCCUAAGCUGUACUUUUGGAAAAUGAAUGAAUUUAAAUGUAAAUAUCAGUACAUACCACCUGUGACUGUGCAUUUACCUGAGGAAAUCACCACAUCCAAGCUAGCUUCCUCUUCUGUGGAGGGCUUUGAAUCCAAAAUUGCAAGUCUGGUAGAAAUGUUUCUUGUAGAGGUAUACAGGUGUAAGCUUUGCCAGUUCACCAGCAGCAUAAAAAACAAAAUCAAGACACAUGUAUUUAAUAUUCAUGAACAGGAUGGAUACCAUCCCCGUUCUGAAUGCCAAGAAAUGAGUACAGAUCCAGAUGAAAAUGAUUCCUACAGUAUUGGAGAUGAAAUAAGUCAAGAAAACAAAGAGAACGAAGAGAAUCUGGAGAAAAUGUCUUUCCUGUUGCCCAUGUACAGAAUGCUUCAUAACAUGAGUCCUGAAUGCUGUGAAAUAAGCCUAGAUAAUCACAAUGACACUACCCACACACCCAACACGUGUGAUGUAAACACACUAUUUGAAGAAGAAUCUGGACAAUUUCAUCUGGAAGAACCCUGUUCUAUGGUAUCUAAUGCACUGUCCUAUUCACCAGACCUUUCUGAAUCUAAAAAAAGCAAGGAAGACGAGGAAGCCCAGUCUGAACAUCUAAUGUCCCUUGGUUUGUGCCGCAUUUCUAGUAUGAAAUCUCUAGGCAUGGAACAAAAGGUACCCAAAUUAGACACAAAACAGGAAAUGGGUAGAAGUCAUAAAAGAGACACUGACAAAAGUAACUCAUCUCAACCAUUGAAAGAUAUUUACUCCCUAAAGAGUGGUGAUGAAAGACAUCUAUGUGCCUCUUGUGACCAGCAGUUCAUGUCCAAAGAUGCCCUUGAAAUACAUGACAAAUGCCAUAAUGGAAAUCAAGGAUUCCAGUGUCUUUACUGUAAUUUCAGUGUGACUGAGUGGAAUUUAAUGGAGAAACACUUAAAAUCUCAUAAGCGGCUAAAGAGGAGCUACCGUUGCCUAACAUGUGAGAAGGUUUUUAUGACCCAAAGUGCCUGGAAAGUGCACAAGGAGAGUCACCAGGGGAGACGCAGCACUCUUCAGCACCCAGAAGGCAAGACAGAGCCUGCAGAAAACUCCUUGGCCUGCCAUCGUGAAGGUUUGUUUAAGUGCCCUCACUGUGAUUUUAUUGAUAGCGAUUGGCCUAAGGUCCACAAACAUCUGAAUAGUACCCAUGACUAUAAUGCCAACCCACAUCCAUGUACUGAAUGUGAAAAAAAGUUCUGCAGAAUAACAGAUUUGAAGAUGCAUAUGUCCAAACACAAGAAAGCCAGGGCCUUUCUUUGUUCAUUAUGUGACCAGACAUUCAAAUACAGACGUCAAUUGAGCAGGCAUCAUAAACAUGUACAUCAGAAACUGAAUAUAAAAGAGAGGAAAAAAAGAAAGAAAGCAGAGGUUAGCCUCAUUUAUUCAGGCACAGAAGCCACAGCCAGAACCAGGAAAAAUGCUGAUGAAUUUACCUGCAAAAUUUGCAACAGGAAAUGUUCCUCCAAAUUGGCCUUGCAGAGACAUAUGGGUAUACACGCUGGAGUUAAGCCCUUCCAUUGCCAGCACUGUGACUAUAAAACAAGACUGAAAGCUUCACUGAUGCAACAUACACGGAUCCAUACUGGUGAAAAACCUUUUAAGUGUGAAAUUUGCUCUUAUGCCUCAAUUGAUGCCAGUUCCCUGCGCAGACAUUUUAGGACCCACACACGGGAAAGACCCUACAAAUGCCAGCUUUGUUCAUAUAGUAGCAUCCAGAAGAAGAGCCUGGACCUUCAUAUACGGCGACACCAUACAGGGGAGACGUUUGGCUGUAGUUUUUGCUGCUACUCCUCUCCUGAUAAGCAGCUCCUUCGGAAACAUAUUAAAAAAUACCACCUCAAUUUGGAAACUCCAUUGGCUGACACUUAACCAACCAUGACUUUCCAUGAAAUCCAUAAUUUCCCAUGUAGAAGUCUUUCCAAAAGGAAUGCCAUUAUAAUAACAUUCUCAAAUCAUUAUCAGUUUCAUCACCAUGACCAGAGGGAGUACAAGACACUGAAGAGAUAAGGAUUUGUAGCUAAUUAUACAACUUAGUACUGGUCUACCUUAUAGAAUGCUUAGUAGGAGUGCAAUGUAGUAGAAAAACACCGCUGUUGGACUCUAAAGGGGCCUAACUUUGAAUAUAGACUCUGACAUCCAGUAGCUCUGGGAUCUUGAAAAAGUUAUAAAUCUCUCUGAGCCUCAGUUUCCUUUUCUGUAAAAUGGAGCUAAUACUUGCACUAUAUACCUCACGAAAUUAUUGUGAGGAAAUUGCUUUUUAAACCUUAGCUUGAUAUACAAAUGUGAGUUAUCUUUACAUAUAUAAUUCUCUACAGUUAGCUUCCUAGCCUGUUCUAAGUUCUAAAGUAUGUGCUAGAACUGGAUUAAGUAGCUCUUUCUCCCCUUUAUUACCUCCUGCUGCUUUCUGGGGUAGUUUGAAAGGAAAACAAGAACUAAUCAAAAUGCCAAUUUGGUAGUCUCAAACCCCAGGGCUGUAAUUUAAAGUAAUAAACAUUUACUAUUAGCAUGAAAGUAAAAAAGAUACUUAAGAACCACUGGCUAGUUUUGUUCUAACUUAUUAUUUAUUACAUGCACAUUAUUCACUGUUGCUCAAAUAGUGAAAUAGUAAAUGCACAAAGCAUGCUAAAGGAAACAUCCAAUAAAUCUGCUUUCACAAACUAAACAGUCUCAUUCCAUUAUAUAUUUUGGGUAUUUUUGAAACUCGGAUACAUAUUAUUUAAUUCUUAGGAAAACCAUCCAUCAAGACUAAAAUCAACAAUGUGACCAAAAAGAUUGUGUUUCUAUGGGAGUUCUAAUUUAUAGAAAGACAGAAUUUUGGAGUUGUUUAAGACCUCAGGAGUCAUCUAGUCCAACCCAUACAUGAAACCAAUCCCAUUGUAACAUAUCCAACAACUAGCCGUCUAGCCUCUCCUUGAAGACUUCCAAAGAGAGGCAGCCUACCUCCUUAAGGUUGCCUGUCCCACUUUUGGACAGCCCUAAUUGGAGUUGAGUUUUUCCUAAUGUCCUCUGUUUGCCUCUUUGCAUCUCCUGAACUGAACAAAACCUGUUUAAUCACUCUUCCAUAACAAUAUCCUCUUUCAACUAAUUAACUACAAUUUUAAUGCACCCCGUAUGGAUUCAAGGCCUUUUGUCAUUCUGGUUGGUUUCCUCUGGCCACACCCAGCUAAUCAACCCCCUCUCCCCCCAGGAAAAAAAAGCAAAUCAAAAUCUUUAUAGCAAUACACAGUCAAAGCAAAUUCCUACAUUUACUUUGUCCAAGAAAUGUCUUGUUUUGCACUGUCUUAUACCUCAAUUAGGAUGUGGGUAACAUAUUUCAUCAUCAGUCUUCUAGAAACAUGUUUGGUUAUUAGGUUGAUCAGAGUUAGUUAUUGAGUCUUUGAAGGCAACCAGCCUUAGUACACAUUUCAUCAUUUCUUUCUGAUUAUAAGAUGUAGCCAUGUGGUCGAAAUCCUCCAUUUAAGGAGGGGUCCCAGAACAGUCAGCUCCUUAUGUCCCACCAGGACUUCUCCAAGCCCCUGCUCCCCAGUUUUCAGUUUUUGUAUAUUAUCUUACUCCAUUGAGGAGGGUAGGUAUGAUCUUUCUUUUCAUCUGUAUUUGUAUCCCUAGUUCUUAACAUAGGGCCUGUGUCAGUAUUUUGCAGUAUUGUUAUAGUAGAAAUUGUUUUCCUGGUUCUGUUCAUUUUCACUCUGCAUCAGUUCCUACAAAUCUACCCAAGUAUCUUUAAAGCUAUCUUUAUGGCAAAACAGUAUUCCAUUACAUUUAUAUACUGUCAUUUGUUUAGUCAUUUCCCAAUUGAUGGGCAACCCUUUUGUUUCCAGUUCUUUGCCACGACAAAAAGCUGCUAUAAAUACUGUGUACAUAAUGGACCGGUUCCUGUUUCUUUGAUCUCUUUGAGCUAUAAACCUAGUAAUGGUACUGCUAGAUCAAGGAGUAUGCAUAAUUUAGUAACAGGUGUCUUGUGAUUCUCAUAGAAGUGUUUUGAAUUGAUUUAGUGUAGCUAAUCAGAACCAAGAGAAUGGUCUCUACUAUUAUAUUUUUUAAGUUGAAUAGAAUUUAAACAAUUUAUCCAUGAUCAACUAAUACCAGCUAAGCAGCAAAUGGGUAGAUAGCACAUAUGCUUGAGUCUUUUGUUGACAACUUAAUGACUUUUUUAAUAUAACUGACUUAACUAGCUUAAUAUAACUGGCUUACCUAGAAACAGAGUACAAAGAGCUCUCACUGUGUUAAUAGGCUACAAAUUAUUUGUGCAUUUGUGUAAAUGUGUAUAUUUACAUGCAAUAACUCAAAAUUUAGCAAUUUGAUAAAUGCACAAUUACUAUGUAAUCUUUCAGAUUUAAAGAAAUGACAUUAUUGAGUGUGUCACCCUCAAAUUAGCAUAGGCUCUAAUGCCCAUGUCCUUGCUAUAAACUACUUAAAGGUCAGAUAUCUAUGUAUUAAUAUGAUAUUCUGUGUACUACUACCUGUCAUUAUAAAGUUCUUUGUAACCCCUUCAGUUUCUGAGUCUACCCACCUCCUACCUCCUAAUGGCUUCCAGUGUUAUAGAGAUGUUAUUUUCUUACAUCUCUCAUCUUAAUAGUUGCAUAUUUGCUAAGACAAAUUUGCUCAUUUUUUAAAAAGCUUACUGAGUCAAAGAAGUGCGGAGAGACUUGAGGCAGGCAAUCCUACCGGCAGGCCAUUGAUUCUAAAGUCCUUAUUGCUGCUUUUAUGGGGGAAAUUGAUGAGGGUUUGGGGUAGGGGUUCUUCGGAAUUCCUCUUUAAAGAAUUACACCCUCUUGCACACAAAUCCAAUUAGAAUAAAAUAUUUUAUUUCGGCGCUAGGGAAAGGAAGCAAGAGAGAAGGCAUAGCACAGAGGUGUGGCUCUCUGAGAUACCCUUCUCCUUGAGCAGGAGACAGGCAGAUAGUUUUAUAGAGGAUGGAUGGUGGUCCAAUGGGGUGAUCAUCUGACUGGAAAGUUCCCUUAUUGGGUGGUGGGUUGGAAGCAGUCUGGUGAGGGGCUGUUGGUCUGUCCCCUCCUGCCACUUCGGCAGCAGCCACGCCUGAUAGGAUUAUCUUCUCAAGGGGUAGGGGAGACUGGAGUGAAGGGAGGUGGUCCUAGAGUUAACUCUGUCCAGAUCCUGUGCUGCUCAUCUCUUUAGGUGUGUCUGUCCUUUGGUUUAGUUUCAAGGAGAAGGUUCAUUGAUUUCCCCAGAAAACUUCUGAGGUACCCCAGACUCAUAACACUGUCAAGUGAUUAAACAUUGGAAAUUCGAUACAAUUUUAUUAAUUGAAAUGGCAUUAAAGAAGAUUCAUUACUUCCUUUGCCACUGUAUUCUAUGGACUAUGGAAUUCUGACAUCUUACAUAAAGCAAUAACUUCCUGUAUGUGUUGCCUCUCCCACCCCCAUAGAAAGUGAACUCCCUGAGAGAAGGUUCUGUUAUGCUUUUCUAUUUGUAUCCCCAGCACUUAGAAAAGUGUUUUACAAAUGGAAGCACUCAACAAUGCUUUCUCAGUCACUCCUUCACUCAUUCUUUGAAGGUGUCAAUGACUAAAUUCAAUAUGACUGAAGAAAACUGAAUUUGGUUAUCUUCAUAUGCGUCAUAGGAUCCCUGAGAAUAAUGGUUCUUAGGGGGAAAAAUAAAACAUCAAUCUCCCUUAUAUACUAAGAGUGUCAUUUAUUACCUACAUGACUCACAAAGAGAUAUACUACUGAGGCAGGGGGAUUGUGAGGCUCAAAGAGAUAAUAGAUUUAAAGCACUUUGUAAAUCUUAAAAGCACUAUAUGAAUUCUAGUUUUUAUUAUCAGUCUACAGUCACCAGGAUUUUGGUCUGGUCAUGACUUCAUUUCUUGAGUCUUCUACUGUACUCCUACUGAGUUCAAGCAAUGUUUAUAGAAAGUGAAUUUAGUACCAGUUUGCUGUUAUUUAAUAGGGUGGUGAGGGGUGAGGGGUUGGGGUGGCGGUGGGGAAUGUAUACACAAACUUUUAAAUUUAAGUUUAAUCUGCAACAUUAAUGAUUUCUUAAGUCUAGACAACUGGUAAAAUAAUUCAAUUCCUGACAUAUGGCUAUUGCUGUUUUUUUGAGUGGUAAGUGAAAAUAUUUAGCAAUCUGCUUUCAAGCUAGUUAGAGAUGCCUCCAGGAUACCUCUAUACUAAGGUUAAAGAGAUAUUUAUGAAACUCAUUGCACUCAUUAACUUCACAGAAGAACAAUACGCAAUUUAAAAACAUAAUAAGGCACGGGGAAGUGUACCUGAAGAAGGAGCUAGAAUAUUGGGCAGAGAAUUCCUUUUUGACAUCUUACUGAGAUAGGGAAAUAUAUAGUCCAUAAGAGAGAAGAGGGGAAAGUUCUGAAAUAUUGUCAUUAUGCAUUUUGAUUUCUUCAGAGUUUACUUUUUAUAUUCUCUCAGCAAAAUUCAUACAUUGUAACCUUUAGACAUUUAAUAGGGAUUUUGUCUGUAUGCUGGUAGAAGCUGAUAAUUUUUAAAAUUAAAGCCUAAGGUCAAAAUCAAAUAUUU